UGAUUCUUCACGCUCACUCAUGCAACCAGUGCCCACCUCCCACCCACCUACAUCUCUCUCUCCUCCCCUUCCCCGAUGGUGCUUCCCUCCUUCCCCUCUUCUUCACCUUCCACACCUUGAAACUUCAUGAACCAAGCAGAAGCAGUAACAACGAGUCACAUGUGAUUGCAUUACGAUGAGGCUGCUUCCACCGGUCACUGUUGUUCUUGCUGUUGUUUGCUUCUAUGGCCUGCAGCUCGCCUGCUCGCUGAACCAAGAAGGACUAUACCUGUUGGAGGCCAGGCGCGGCCUGGUCGACCGCUCCGACGUCCUCUCCAGCUGGGACGCCCGCGACGCGACCCCCUGCGCCUGGAAAGGCGUCACCUGCUCUUCCGCCGACCCACCCGUCGUCACCGCCGUCAACCUCAGCGGCCUCGACCUCGAGGGCCCCUUCCCUUCCUCCCUCUGCCGCCUUCCAAGCCUCACCUUCCUCUCCCUGUCAUCGAACUACAUCAACUCCUCCCUCACCGACGCCGACAUCGCCGGCUGCGCCGCGCUGUCCCACCUCGACCUCUCGGAGAACUACCUCGUUGGCCCGCUUCCCGACGCCCUCGCGAAGCUGCCCCGCCUGACUCACUUCGUCAUCACCAGCAACAACAUCUCCGGCGCCAUUCCGCCCUCUUUUGGCCACUUCCCUAGCAUCGAGACGCUGUCGCUGGUGUCCAAUCUGCUCACUUCCACCAUCCCUUCCUUCCUCGGCAAUCUCACCACGCUCCGCGAGCUCAACCUGGGGUACAACCCCUUUGAUGCCGGGCCGAUACCGGCGUCACUCGGGAACCUAUCCUCGCUGACGAACCUCUUCCUCCCCGGCUGCAACCUCGUCGGCGAGAUCCCGCCGUCGCUCGGCCGGCUCUCGCUGCUCACCAACCUGGACGUCUCCACCAACCACCUACAUGGCAGCAUCCCGCAGUUCGUCACCCAUCUCUCGAGCGUCAUACAGAUCGAGUUGUACAAAAACUCGCUCUCCGGCCGCAUCCCGGCUGGGCUCGGCAAGCUCCCCAACUUGCGCCGCUUCGACUUCUCCCUUAACCGACUCGAAGGGUCGCUUCCUGAUGACAUCUUCGACGCGCCGCUGCUUGAGAGCGUGCAUCUCUACUCGAAUCAGCUGAGUGGCGGCAUCCCUGCCGGCGUCGCCCGCUCCAAGAACCUGGUUGAUCUCCGGCUGUUCAUGAACCAACUCACUGGCUCCGUCCCCCCAGAUCUCGGCAAGAAUUCUCCGUUGGUGAAUCUCGAUUUGUCGGAGAAUUUGCUUUCUGGCGUGAUCCCUGCGAGCAUCUGUGACCGCGGCGCUUUGCAGCAGCUGCUCCUGAUCGACAACUCCUUCUCUGGCAGGCUGCCCGACGGCCUUGGGAGGUGCCGGACUCUCGUCCGAGUCCGGCUCUCGCGCAACAAACUAAGCGGCCCGGUACCGAGCGGGCUUUGGGGUCUGCCGCACGUUUCACUCCUUGAUCUGAACAAUAACGCCUUCUCCGGUGGGAUCUCCCCGGUCAUCUCGAGUGCCGCCAAUCUCUCGAAGCUCCUCAUCGACGACAACCAGUUCUCCGGCAGCAUCCCAUCAGAAAUGGGAGUUUUGUCGAAGCUGUAUGAAUUCUCCGCCGCCAACAACCGGCUGACGGGGCCGCUCCCUGCGUCGCUCGGCAACUUAGCAGAGCUCGGCCAGCUCAGCCUCCAUGACAAUUCCCUCUCUGGCGAGCUGCUCCGUGGGAUCCAGUCCUGGAAGAAGCUCAGCGAGCUCAAUCUCGCCAACAAUGGAUUCACAGGUGGAAUUCCUCCGGAGCUUGGCUCUCUCCCGGUACUCAACUACCUCGAUCUUUCCGGCAACAGCCUCACUGGCGAGAUCCCCAUACAACUGCAGAACCUGAAGCUGAACCAGUUCAACUUAUCCAAUAACGAGCUCUCGGGUGCUAUUCCGCCUAUGUUCGCGAGGGAGGCCUACCGCAGUAGCUUCUUGGGCAAUCCGGGCCUCUGUGGAGACAUCCCUGGGCUAUGCCCUGUCUCAGGAGGAAGUGCCAGGGGUGGCCAUGGGUUCACUUGGUUGCUUCGGGCGAUCUUUCUGCUUGCCGGAUUUGUCUUCAUCGUUGGCAUGGCGUGGUUCUACUGGAGGUACAAGCAAUAUAAGAAAGCCAGUGAUAAGUCGAAGUGGACGCUGAGGUCGUUCCACAAAUUAGGAUUCAGCGAGUAUGAAAUCCUGGACAGCCUCGAGGAAGACAGUGUGAUCGGCAGCGGCGCCUCAGGAAAGGUCUACAAGGUCGGGCUCAGCAAUGGAGAGACAGUUGCAGUGAAGAAGCUGUGGGGAACAUCGGAGAAAGAUGUUGAGCAUUUGGAUCAGGUUGUAGAUGAUGCCUUUGAAGCAGAGGUAGCGACGUUGGGGAAGAUUAGGCAUAAGAAUAUCGUGAAGCUUUGGUGCUGUUGCAGUCACAAGGAUCGUAAGCUUCUGGUUUAUGAAUAUAUGCCUAAUGGCAGCUUGGGGGACUUGCUGCAUAGCAGUAAAGGAGGGCUUCUGGACUGGCCUACGAGGCUCAAGAUCGCCAUGGAUGCCGCAGAGGGUCUCUCUUAUCUGCACCAUGACUGUGUGCCACCGAUCGUGCACAGAGAUGUUAAGUCCAACAACAUCCUCUUGGAUGGAGAAUUCGGGGCUAAGGUAUCCGAUUUCGGGGUUGCCAAAGCUGUCGAGGUGAUCGGGAAGGGGCCUAAAUCGAUGUCGGCCAUCGCAGGUUCUUGUGGAUACAUAGCCCCAGAAUAUGCAUACACUCUUCGGGUGAACGAGAAGAGCGACAUAUAUAGCUUCGGAGUGGUAAUUCUAGAGCUCGUAACAGGGAAGCUCCCCGUCGAUCCUGAGUAUGGAGAGAAAGACCUGGUGAAGUGGGUAUCUGUCGCAAUGGAACAGAAGGGCGUGGAGCAAGUGAUCGACCCCAAGCUCGAUAUCUCCCACAAGGAGGAAAUCAGCAUUGUCCUCGACAUCGGUCUUCUUUGUGCCAGCUCCCUCCCCAUUAAUCGUCCAUCGAUGAGAAGAGUAGUGAAGAUGCUGCGAGAAGUAAGCAUGCAAAACAAGCCCAAGACUCCGAAGAAGGAUGGGAAGCUGUCUCCUUACUACUAUGAAGACCGUUCUAAUCAAGGGAGCACCGUAUGAAGAUGGCCUUUCUCCCGUUGCGCCAGAAGCUAAUGGCAAACACUCAAGUCUAAUUCGAUAUCGAUUUGCAACUUUAGACAGAGUAGCUCACAAGGCCUGAAGACAGUAGUGUAGAUCUACUGGCUUAUUCCUGGCAGAGUAAUCCCUGGCUUACACACAUUUAUUGGACUUCUAUAUGGGUAAUGGGGGUGUUCUUGAGCAAUUAGCUUAAGUAUUUUAUGUCAGUAAUGACUGGUCUUUUUUCCUAUUUGCUGGUGGCCAAGCAGUGUACCAUCAAUAGUUACUAAUAUGUUGUUAUGCUUCUCUUUUUGGAUCA